AUGUCUUUUCAUGAUCAGAUCGACCCUUUUUCUACGGUUGUUAUCGAGAAGCUUCCCGCUUUCCAGGUCGACUCCGGCGAGGCAUGGGAAGGAUUCAAGUUCAACAACAACCUCGAAGGUGGACUCUUUCGGUUGAAUGAUGUCGACAGCAAGCAUCUACCUGAUAUCACGCCCUCCGUCUUUCAUCUGGACCUGCAGCAGAUCCCACUACCAGAUCUAUCCAGUCCUUCUUCCAGCUCAUCUUCCGAAUCAGGGCAGGAAACGCAACAGACGGAGAGUGGGCAGGGUAUCGAUGAAGAGAUUCUCGAUUUCUGGAGCCUGCCUGAUAUUACACAACGACCACCGAAAAAUCGACUCAUAGGCUGGGACAGUUUCUUGGACAUAGGCCACGUCGAAUCUCCUACUCCAUACCUCAGCGAAGCGGAUCCCCAAGUCUUCAGCGCGAUCCUGCGGUCAUCUGACCAAGGCCUGCCACUGAAGUCUAUCACGACAGACGCCUUGCUUCAUGCGGCAUUCGAGCUUGGGAUGGGGAGGAGCUCUGCGCUUUUCAAAUGGAAUGAAGAGGAGGGCAAGUUCGCCCGUCAGUGGGGGAAUAUCGCUGCCCGCGGCUACAGUGCACGUCUUGUUGGAGAUUUAUUUGAAGAGUUUUUGAAGAUUGGUACAUACACAAGGAUUCUUACGAAGUGCUUUGAUUGUCUGGACAACCAUACACAACAGUUGGCACCAUCGAGAAUAGCAUUCCUGGCUGCCUCGAGGUCCGUCUUGUAUUCAAUCCAAGAACACCUGGAGUCCUUCAGACCAGAGAUCGUAUCUCUACUCCAGUUGAAAUGCACCAUGAGCAGGGCUGAUGCUUUAGUGACAACCCUGAAGGGAUUUGUGGAUUCGAUACAAAACUGCCAAACCGACCCAGUGAUUGUAUCGGCCUUGAUGCAGCAAGCAGCGAAUGCAUCUUUGAGGCAUCCAGGAAUGGAUGGAGUGUUACAACACAUAAUGUCGAGGACUUUACGGCCACUGAUAACGAGACUACUCAGCACAGUUGGCUUGAGUCGCGCUCCAACGAAUGCCCAAGAGGGGCAGUCCCUGGACGACGAUCCGGAGGCCGAGACCUAUUGGACACCUAUUCUUCCCCCCGACCUCUGUGAGACCGUUGCGGAAACAAGGCAGAGCCUCCGAAUACUACAAUCCAAUGCUCUAGACUGGUCGCUGUCUACCUUUGUGUAUGGUCCCUCAUCUUUCGCCUCAAAUCUAGAACUCGGGUGUACAUUUGACGAGAUAUGCGAGUUGCAGGCCGGGGCUGUUGCAUAUGAAGCUGCAAUGAAGAAGUCUCGCACCUUGGGGAGUUCACCAGAUCCCACGAGCGUGCCCUGCCAUCCCAUUGCUGCAACAUUGGAGACGAAGGCGCAGGAGGAAGAUAUCAGCCGGCCCCAUUCGGGCGAUCCAUUCCACCUCGCAACGAAACUAUUCGAUGAACAUGUUCCUAUCCUUAAUCUCGACAAAGCUGACACAUUGCAUGACGGAGUCAAUGAAUAUCUCGACAGAUCCAAGACAGAAGUAUCGCCUUUCCAGCUAGACUACAUGGACGCGGUGACUUUGUCUAUCACACCCCUUGUCUCAGCGCAACACCGGUUGCUGUCUUACUCCGUACUACGACUCCUCUUUCAGGAUCACAAGCUUUUGGCCCACUUGAGGCUGCAACGUGGUUUCCAGUUACUCGGAGAUGGCUUCUUCUCCUCGCGCUUGAGCAUGGCUCUAUUCGAUUCCGACCAGAACAGCAGCGAAGGUCACAGACGGACGGGGACUUCUACCGGCCUUCGUCUCCAGGCUCGAGAUACUUGGCCACCUGCAAGCUCCGAGCUCAGGCUUGUGCUCAUGGGGAGCUUGUCCGACAGUCUUGCCAGUUCCACGGAACGCUUUCUAAUGGAGAAUCUUUCUUUUGCAAUCCGGGACAUGCCAGUUGACGAACUGGAGAAGUGCCGCGACGUCAAUUCAAUCCACGCACUUGACUUCCUUCGUCUCGAGUACAAACCACCGAGCGAGGUACUUGAGACAGUGCUCACUCCGGAGAUAUUGGACAAGUAUGAUCGCAUCUUUCAGCACUUGUUGCGUGUCUCGCGCGUGCACAGCGUGACUCAAUCUCUGUUGAGGCAAAAUUUCGACGGUCAAUUGACCAAGCCUGGUACGCUUCUGCACCAGAAAGUCAUAGUUCAGAUGCACCAUUUUACCUCUACUUGGGCAGACUACUGCCAUAAUAUCGCGAUCGCAGGAUGUUGGAAGAAGUUUGAAGACAUCUUGCACGACGUCGACAAACAUAUCACCAACAAUGAUUAUGAUCGUACGUUGCAACUGGUCAAGAGUCAGGACUAUCUUCGCGCCUUGCACGAGAGGACGCUAGACAAAAUUCUCCAUGCCUUGUUGCUCAAACGCAAACAAUCCGGUGCUAGAGAGGUCUUGGAAGAUGUAUUUACGUUGAUCCUUCGAUUUGCGGCAGCAAGAAAGUCCAGUCCCGACAGGCAGACAUCGGAGAAGGCUACCAGCUCCAACGAAACAAUAACGAAUAAUGAAGUUCACGAGACCACGACGAAAAACAUUGCGAAGGAGUUUGGAGGGAAAGUUACGCGCUUUAUACAUGCCGUGCAGGCUCAACGUGUUUCAAAGCACGCGUCCCGACCGCAGCGGAAUGGUGCGAAUGCUACUACUGCGUCCAACGAAUCUGCUGAGGACGAGGAUGGCGACGACGACAAGAGUAUGUUGUUCGAUUGUUUGCUUCUCAGGCUGGAUAUGUUCGGCUACUGGAGCCAUGACGAUCGCCAGAACAGCGCUAUGCAUAUGAUGGAACGAGGGUGA